GGACUUGGCUGGGCUGACUCCGCCCCCUAACAAAAACUUGAAAAAGUCAAAUCAAGAUUUCAAAACAAAUUGCCUUUUUCUUACAGAAUUUAGGAAAAUUUUGUAAUUUUAGUAAUAUCCAUUACGUUAUAGUUUGAAGGAUGUAUCAAGAAAACGAAGAUGAUUGUAAAUUCGCUGCUUGUACGUAUUUUGCGAAGAAUCAUCCUGGUGAAAUGUGUGGUAGCAAUGGUUUGCCGCUAACUCCGAGUUCUAUAACAAUAUUGGGGCGAGCCCAGCGGCUGUUGACGAUAGAACACCCUAAUUUGUGCACGUACCUCGAUGUUAUUCGCGGUAAACAUGAAAGGAUCAUAGUAGUUGCCGAAGUAAUAGGAAAGUCUCUCAAGGAAUGCAAGUCAAAGUUCUCCUAUGAAGAAGUGACCAACAUUGCUAAGCAAGUAGCAGUUGGCUUACAGUUCUUGCAAGAUCAGGAUGUUGUGCAUAGAACUCUGUCAGAUGAUAAUAUACUCAUUGACAGUAAUGGCAGAGUGAAGCUGUUUAACUAUGGAUUGUAUUAUAUGACAGAUAAGGGCAAUGAAGUUUCUUUUCCACUUGGCCUACCAAGAUACUUAAGUCCAGAGACAAUACUAAACGGAGGAGGUCCAGCCGCAGAUGUAUGGAGUUUCGGUAUCAUAAUACUGGAGCUCUGUAUUGGUAAACUGUGGAACAACCUCAAGCCUGGCCCUAUACUAAGAAGAAUACUCACCUUGGUACACGCUAACAACCCUGCGGAGAGGAUAGCAAGGGAACAUGACUGCUUUGAACAAUAUAAACAAGUACCAGAAAGGUUGAGAAUGGUGAUAGAAAAAUGUCUCAAAAUCUACCCCAGUGAGAGGGCGACAUUCACGGAAAUAGUUGAAGACUUGUCACAGAUUGAUACAAAACAGUUGGUUGAGGUGAAAACUCCUCGAGGUCUGAUGGGAUGUAAGCUACAAUACCUUUAUCAUUGGUGGCAGUUAGCUGGUGGGGAUAUUCAGGCUGAGUUGAAGAAAAAUAGCCUGGUUAAAAAUAGUCCACCUAUUUUGUCUAUGCCCAUAGCAAUACUCUUAGACGGCUGCACAAUAGGUGGUAAAUCAGGCGCUCUAUUUGACCGUCGCCUCGCGAAAUACAGUUUAGACUUACUCAAAUCCCGCCUAAGCCAUGUACCACCGCACGACUUUUACCCACUGAUGCAUGAACGGAAAAAAGAGUAUGAUGCUGUGGCCUUACCUAAGAUUAUAAGGGAAAGGGAUACUGAGUACCAGUUUUAUAGGCUGCUUUGGUUUCAACGAUUAUUGCAAGGUUACCCCUACACAGCUCCAUACAUAAGAGCAGAAGCUGAGAUAGACAUCCCGCCGCUAGUGCGCGGAGACGUGUGGGCAGCCCUACUAGGAGUCGUUGGCGAUAUAGAGGAACAAUAUGAAAGGAUUGACAAGGAAACCCCUACGCCUACUGAUAGACAGAUAGACGUGGACAUACCCCGUUGUCACCAGUACUGCUGGUUGCUCUGCGGUUCGGCUGGACAUCGUACAUUGAAGCGGUUACUGAAAGCCUGGUUAUUGACUAACCCACAGUAUGUCUACUGGCAAGGAUUGGACUCUUUGACUGCGCCGUUUCUUUACUUGAACUUUUGCAAUGAAGCCCGCGCCUUUGCCUGCCUCUCAGCCUUCGUACCGAAAUUCCUACACAAGUUCUUCCUAAAAGACAAUAGUGCGGUGAUCAAGGAGUAUUUAGCUAAGUUCUGGCAGAUGACGGCCUUUCAUGAACCGGAGUUGGCGACGCAUUUACAUGAAAUCAACUUCGUGCCGGAGUUGUUCGCUAUACCAUGGUUCCUUACUAUGUUUUCACACGUAUUCCCCCUCCACAAAAUAGUGCAUCUAUGGGACGCCUUACUAGUAGAAGGGCCAGCUUUACCACUAUUCAUGGGAGUAGGCAUACUGAGGCAGCUUCGAGACACACUACUUUCGUCCGGCUUCAACGAGUGCAUCCUACUGUUCUCUGACCUGCCUGAGAUCGACAUUGGCGAAUGUGUCAAGGAAUCUAUAGAAAUGUGUCGUAGUUCUCCAAGGAGUAUAAGCUAUAGGAGGUUUACUAAUGAGGCUCAAACAAGAGAUCCUAUGGAUAUAGUAGAAAUACCAAUGGAAGUGUUAUUCACUGAAAUCAGUCCUAGAAUCAAUCUAUCGGAUUUCUUCUCGCUGAUAUGCCAAGAUAAAUGCUGUGUCAUCGAUAUACGGUCUAAUUUACUUUACGAGAAGAGCUGUAUAGAUGGCAGCAUUAACGUUCCGUAUAGCGGGGUGCAUCUCGGUCAACACGAACUAAGAGCCCUAGGGCUUCACCCACAAAGAGUAUUACUUGAUGCUAUCAAACAAAAGAAGAAUGUCGUUGUGGCUUCGGCAGAGGAUGAAACCGCACAAUUGUUCAGCGACUACCUAGUCAAAUGUAACGUACCAAGAGUGUGUAUACUUCACGGAGGAAUAUCAGCGUUACUCACGCAUGUACCAUCGCUAUUCAUUGUACCACCAAAGAGGAACGGACAUAAGUAGAUUAUAUUAUUGGUAUAAACACAGAGUAGAUAGUAAAUGAAGUGUUAGCCCAAGAUUUUGUUGAACUAUCAGAAAAUUGAAGCGAUUAUCUUUGUACGUCUUAUUUUGUUUUCUGGAAGGUAAUGCUUAAUUUCAGCUUUUUAUUUUAUAUCAAAGAAUAAUUUGAGAUUUGAGCACAUUUUCCAAAGAAACUUGGACAGAUAUCUUCGGUGAGUAAUUUUUUACGUACUAUGUUUGCAAAUUAGCACUCUAUUGGUGUUUUAAAGCUGUGGUUAUUGCAUUUUUUCUUUCCGGAAAAAAUGUGAUUCAUAGCGGUUAUUCAGUGUAUGCAAGCAUUGUUCAGCAUUUUCCGUGUAUGAUAAAAAUACGUUGUAAAAAAUCUAUGUUGCGGGUUAAAAUCCCUUCAAAUUUUUUUGGGACUGACUGUACCUUUGAGAUUUAUGUAUUUUUAUUUUGUGAUCUGACUGUAGUUUUAAGUAGAACUAUUUUAGUUUAAAAUGUAGAUAAGCUUAAUUUUCAUGUUUAUUUUUAAUUAAGGAACAAUGAGUUUUAAAUACAUACAAUGUGUUUUUUUUAAUAAUUAUUCGUAACUUAUGUUGGUGCAUUCCGUUUCCUGCUGUAUGUUUAUUUUUAUUUGAUAAUAUAAUACCGUAUGUUAUUUCCACGUUAGUUGUUAUUUCACGUUAGUUUUUGUCGAAGUGUUAUCAGUUAGACUUUACGUAUGUACCAAGUAUUUAUUUUUAAACGAGUUAGUCAUUACGUCAGUCUAUUAAUCAUGUAUUUGAAUGUUAAUUAUAUUUUAACGAAAUAAGCUAUUUAUACACAAUACGCAUGUACAGCUACGAAUUUAUUUAAUAAACAUAUGAACGGUUA